AUGUCCUCAAAUUCCGACCUGGUCUUAUAUAUCCGCUCGCUCAAGGUCAUCGGCGACCAUCCUGUCUCGAUGAACUAUGUCUCCUGGGAAGACAUUGCAGCCCUAUUAUCCCUGCUUCCGAAUCUGAGGUCACUCUCUUUCGAGCGUGUCCGUCUCAUCGCAAUCACCGGGGACCAAGAUACGCUCUUGUCCGAGACACAGCUCUCAUUGACAAAGCUUUCCACCAUCACUCUGUCUGCCAUCCUUCAUACCGGUACUACCGGAUCUUUCUGGCGUCUUCUCAGGAGCAAAAGGGGACCCCGCCCACUCACAGUCCUACUCAAAUACGCUCAUCCGGAAGAUCGCCAGUCUUUCCGAAUAUUCCUCAAUGUCUUCGAACCUGACGUUAGGCGUGUAUCAUACAACCUGAUUGGCUCUUUAGGACGCGUUGGUGUUCUGGCGAGCAAUACGAUCGCAGACGAUGACUUCUACGACCGCCUUGACCUCGACUUCGGCGUCCCCAGUCGUACGGCGAUUGAUGAACUCAUCUUUGUCAUCUCCGGGUCCGGCACCCUUGACGUCGACUCGCAGUUCCUCGUGCUUAUGGCGCAACUAGCCGCUUUGGCCGAGAUACUUGAGCUCAUCCCAACAGAUGUGCAUAUCCCCAACAUCACCUUGCGGUUUCAGCGCUACGGACCCCAUACCUACGAAACCGAGCGGAUGCUUGAAGAUCUCCUGAUCCGGGGCUCUUGGGUCUCCUUCGACUUGACGCAUUUUGAGCAACGGCUCAUGGAGCGGCUGGCGAAGCUGGAGGCGUUGACGUGCGUCCUCUGCGACGAUGGUAUAAUGGAAGAAUACAGGGACUACCUUCCAGCCGUCCCAACGGAGACCGGACACAGCGGACUUAUUGAUCUUCAGGCGGAGUACGACUUCUACGCCAGUUUCGCGAGGAGACUCUUCCCUCAAAGCCACGCAAAAGGGAUCCUGCGAGUCCAGAGGGCCUAG